UAACCGUAAUUUAGAAUCUCAUAAUAUUUUUUUUUCUAAAUUAAAUUAUAACUUUUCCAAAUUGAGGGGCUCCAUCCGUAAAUUCUGCAAAUUGUCACUGUUGCUGUUUGUUCCGUUUCAUGUUUCCUUUGUUCAAACUUUGUUUAGGCCGUGGCUCUCUUCUCAACUUCACUUCACCAAAUUCAAAACAAAAACCCUUUCGGAAAGUUCUCUGGGCUUCCAUUUCCGAAUGUUUAUCUGAAUCAACUAAGAAAAUUCAAUUGCUUUGAGAUUCUGGGCUAAUCUAAUCUCGGCUGUUAAAAGCGGUUGCAAGCUUCAGAAAACUAUGAUCUUGCAUGUAUGUGCUUGAUUGAAAAAGGGAGUAGUCCCUUUUUCCAGAUUGAAGUGGGAUGGAUAUAAACAAAGAAACCAAGGAGCCUUCCUUUCGUAAUUCAUCUGUUAGAGAAUAUUGCAAGCUUACUCCUUCCUUUUGUAUAUUCUGCAGCAAUAUCACCUGAUUUGGAGACCUUGCGGAACACGACAAGGUGUUAGACUUAAUGCUAACUAAUGAAGUGGGUAGAAAGGUAUCAAUUGCACAAGGGUCUGCACUCAUGAGAGUGGCUGCAGCAGUGUAUUCAGAAAUAUCUUUUCUUAAAUCUAUGAGGGAAACUUCUUUAAGUAAUGGAGUUGUUUCUUUUCACCGUGCUCCUAUAUAUAUGGGCUUAUAUGUGGAUUGCUUGGGUUGGAUAGCAGUACUUCUCAAAGAGUUUUCAUGUUUAUCACAAUGAGAGAUGUUAUGUCUGCUGCAACAAGGCUGAAUUUGGUCGGACCCCUUGGUGCGGCUGUUCUGCAACAUCAUAUAGCUCCUAUCUCUGAAGCUAUACUGAAUCAAUGCAAGGACCUUCUAGUUGAGGAAGCAUGCCUUAACUGUUCCUUUGCUUGAUAUCGUGCAGGGUUAUCAUAGCUACCUGUUUUCUAGAUUAUUCUGUUCCUGAAGGCCCAAAUAGACGCAUUGACUGGUGGAGUCUGCCUGAAAUUUUCAGAUAUAUUGUAAGCCCUGAAAAUUUGGUCAUAUUGGAAACGCCGGAUGAACUCUCCAGGUUUGCAUUAUUUUGUACAUAGCUGACUUAACUGUUCUGCCAUCUUAGAAGAUCGUGUUGAAUCCAAAAGUAGUACCAUAAAGCAUUUUAUGCACCUGUUCUCGUUGUGGAUUCAAGAAUUAAAGAGCGACACUCCAACACAAAUAUGGGAUGAAACCAAUGUCAUCAAAAGUAUCUGCUGCAACAAUGCUCAAUUUUGUUGGACCCCUUGAUGCGGCCGUUCUGUAAAAAUUGUCAUUUGGGUUGGUUCCAAAUGAGAUGGAAAAUUAAAAAUUGUCAGAAAGAUGUAUAUAAAGUAGAAUGUGAGGACCCUUUUAGCUGGAGAGUGGAAUCAAGUCAGACCAUUGACUAGAAAGAGAGUAUUUCCGUCAACAACAGACGACUCUGAUUCAAUUCCGAUUAGGAGAUGGCAUCAACCUCUUCUCGUCGUCAAUGGAAAUACGAUGUGUUUCUAAACUUCAGGGGGAAAGAUACCCGCAAAUAUUUUACCAGUAAUCUGUAUGCUGAAUUAAAUCAGAAAGGAAUUCUCUCCUUUUGGGAUGGGGCAGAGCUUGAGAAAGGGAAAUCCAUUUGGCCUGAACUUUUAGCUGCAAUUGAGGACUCUAGAUUUGCGAUUGUCAUUCUCUCAGAGAACUAUGCUUCUUCUUCAUGGUGCUUGGAUGAACUCGUCAAGAUUAUUCAAUGCGUGAAAGAGAUGGGCCAACAAGUCCUGCCCGUCUUCUACAAGGUGGAUCCUUCUGAUGUGCGGCACCAAAGGGGAAGGUUUGAGCUCAAAAGGGACCCCGAAGUAGAAGUAAGGGCACAUGAAGAAGUUUAUGGGAAUAAUGAGGACAGACUAAAUGCGUGGAGAGAUGCUUUGACACAGGUGGCCAACCUUUCUGGCUGGGAUUCCAAGAAUUAUCAACAUGAAUCAAGUUUAAUUGACGAGAUUGUUAAUCAUAUACUAAAGAAGUCCGUGUAUACAUCUUCAAGUGUUGACAAGGGCUUCAUAGGAAUGGGUUCUCGCAUUGAUGAUUUAUUAAGCAAUUACAUAUAUCCGCAGCUUGGUGGGGUGCGUUUUAUAGGGAUCCAUGGCAUGCGGGGCAUAGGUAAGACAACACUUGCUCGAGCUAUCCAUGAUCAAAUUUGUCAGGAUUUUGAUCGAAUUUGCUUUCUUUCAAAUGUUAGAGAAAUGUGUAAAAACAAUGGCCUAGUUUCUCUACAAGAAAAACUUCUUUCCAGAAUCCUGAUGGCAAAAGUUGAAAAUAUAGAGGAUGUAUACACAGGAGCUGCUAUGAUAGAAAGGCGGUUGUGUAGAAAAAAGGUGUUGGUUGUUAUUGAUGAUGUGGAUCAGUUGACACAAUUAGAGAAAUUGGCUGGAAGUCGCAACUGGUUUGGUUCAGGGACUAGAAUUAUCAUAACCACCACAGAUUUUCAGUUGUUAAAGGCACAUGGUGUUGAUGCUACGUACAAGGCUAAUGGCUUAAACUGUGAUGAAGCACUUCAACUUUUGAGUUUGAAGGCUUUUAAGAAAUGUCCCCCACCAGAAGAUUAUUUGCAUCUGUGCUACGAUAUUACAGGGUAUGCUAAGGGGCUUCCCUUGGCUCUCGUGGUUUUAGGUUCUUUUCUAUUUGGUAGAAGCGCUGAUGAAUGGGCAAGUGCAAUAGAUAGGCUAAAGAACACACCAGAUAAACACAUUAUUGAGGUGCUUCGGAUUAGUUUUGAUGGACUGGAUGAAAAAGACAAAGAAAUAUUCCUACAUAUCGCUUGCUUUUACAAGGGGAAGGAUAAGGAUCGUGUGACACAAAUACUAGACUAUUGCCAGCUAAACCCUGUCAUUGGUUUGAGUGUUCUUGCUGAUAGAUCUCUCAUAACUAUCUCCAACAACGAACUAUGGAUGCAUGAUUUGCUACAAGAAUUGGGCUGGGAAAUUGUUCGUGAACAGUCUCCUAAAGAGCCAGGCAAACGUAGUAGAUUAUGGUCUCAUGAAGACAUCAACAAUGUGCUGAAGAAAAAUAAGGGAACAGAUUCAAUCCAAGGCAUGAUAAUGGAGUUGACUAAAUUACGAGUGGCUCAUUGGAAGCCAGAAGCCUUUACAAAUUUGUCUCAACUUGGUCUUCUCCAUAUUCGUAAUGUGGACCUUCCCAAAGGCCUCACUUGUCUUUCUAGUUCCUUGAGACUCCUCGAAUGGACUGGGUAUCCCUUAAGAUCUCUCCCAAAAAUUUUUGAAGCAGAUGAACUUAUUGAACUUAACUUGUGCCACAGCAACAUUAAACAGCUUUGGAAGGGAACAAAGAAUUUUGACAAGUUGAAGUUCAUCAAACUCUGCCAUUCUCAAAAAAUUGUGGAGACCCCAGACCUCGCAGGUGUUCAGAAUCUUGAGACUUUAGAUCUUGAAGGAUGUUCUCAUUUGGUAAGAAUCCAUCAAUCCCUUGGAUUUCUCAAAAAGCUUAUUGUCCUGAAUCUUAAAGACUGCAAAAAUCUCGAGAGUCUGCCAAGUAGAAUUGAAAUGGAAUCUCUUGAAACAUUAAUUCUUUCUAACUGCUCAAAAGUUAAGAAGAUUCCUGAGUUUGUUGGAAAUAUGGAACGUUUGUUGGUGCUUUGUCUCGAUGAGACUGCCAUUGAGGAACUGCCUGUUUCAAUUGAACGGUUGACUGGCCUUGUGUCAUUGAAUCUAAGCAACUGCAGAAAACUUGUUUUUCUUCCAAGCACCAUCAAUAAAUUGAAGUCUGUUGAAAAUCUUAAUCUUUCUGGAUGCUUGAAACUCGGCAAACAUCAGGUAAAUCUGGGGGAGAUGGACUGUUUUGAGGAAACUGAUGUGAAUAGUGGGUCUGCAAUAGAAAUGUCACCUACCCAUGAUCGCAUAAAACAUGUGAGAGGUUCAAUCUUUCAUCAAUGCAAAGUAGUUUGGGGAUCUUUAAAUAAGUUUUUGCCUUCUGGAUUGGUGCAAGAAGUGAAUACAGAGCCAAUGAGUUUCCGCUUGGCUAUAUCUCAAAAAGUGAAUGCAGAGCCAACGAGUGUCCGCUUGCCUAUUUCUGGUCUCUGUAAUUUAACAUAUCUGAACCUGAGUAAUUGCAAUCUUGGUGAAGGAGCAUUUGCCAACGAAUUCGGUUACUUUCCCUCUUUGGUGACCUUGAAUCUAAGUGGAAACAAUUUUAUUCGCAUUCCUUCAGGCGUUCGAUUGCUUUCUAAGCUUGAGAACUUUAACUUGGAGAAUUGCAAGAGACUUCAAGAGUUGUCAGACCUUCCAUCAAAUAGUAGACUAGAUUUAAGGGCAGAUGGUUGUACUUCACUGAAAUACUUGUUUGAUGCAUCAAAUUUGAACAGACUAAAUAGAUCAUAUUUCAAUUUCAUCAAUUGCUUCAAUCUAAAUGGCAAUGAAGGAUGCAAUAACAUAGCAUUUGAAAUGCUGAGGACACUCAUGUAUCAGGGAAUCUCUAAUAAGAGGGAAACUUUUCAAAUUGUAAUUCCUGGAAGUAAUAUUCCUGAGUGGUUCAGCCAUCAGAGCGUUGGGUGUUCAUUAAGUGUAUCUCUACCUGUACAUUGGAAUAACAGUCGGUUUUUGGGAUUUGCUUUGUGUGCUGUUUUUGUACUCCAUGAGCACCAUCCGGUGGAUGAGCUUUAUAUAGAUGAAUUCAGGACUUUUAAUGCAACACAUCAUCUUGUAUGUUGCCUGAAGCUCAAUGGAAGAGAAUUGGAAGUAUAUGGCAGACAGCCUGCAUUUCGCUUUAGUGAAGAAUUUUGCCAGGUUAAAUCAGAUCACCUGUGGCUAUUCUAUGUAUCUCGUGAUAAAUACUUUGGUACAGAGUGGUGGCAUAACAGUUGCAGUCAGUUUGAGUUCUUAUUUGAAACUAGAGGGCCAGGUCUGAAGGUGAAGGAGUGUGGAGUCCGUCUGAUAUAUGACCAAGAUGUGCAAGAGUUGAACAAAACAACCCCUCAAUCAAGUAGUGGGAUGUCUCCUUAUGAGGAUAUAUCGAUUAGUUUUCACAUUCCAGUUGCAGGGGAAACCAGUGGCAGUGGUAGCAGAACUUGCACACUUGAAGAAUUAUAAGACUGGCAGAACUAUAGGGUAUCCACCACUGGCCACUCUGAAAGACCAUAAUUAAGGACUUUCUGAUCCCAUGGUUGGAAAUGAGUUGCAGAUCAUGAAUGGCCAAUGCCUCCUCUUCUCCUAUUUUGAAUUUCUGCAGUAAUUACUUUCUGGAGCUCUCUUGCCUUCAUCUUUUACCGUUAGCGGCACUGCUAGCUAGGGAUAUUUCUGUAGCUGGGUUGAUAUUCAUUCUGGCAUCAGAUUAAUCUUGUAUCCAUCUUGGAAACUUUUGCACUGGGCUGAACAUACAUAUAGAGAAAUGGAUGGAAAUACAUCUCGGGUAGAUGGUGAUGAUGUUGACUGGGAUACUGAUGAUGAGCUUGAGAUUGAAAACUUCACUUUAUCUUCUUCAGCUAAUCCUGGCUCUGGGGAGGCUAGCUCAUCAUCAGGACCUUCCCAAACCAAAGUUUCUGAUCAUUUUGUAUGCACGUGGUUUUCUCAUACUAUGGUUGCCAAAGCCAUCCAAGAACAUGGACUUGAAGAUGCAGGUUCAAUUCUUGAAACCCUGUCCCUACACAUAUGCGGAGUAUCCUGAGAAGAAUAAAAGGAAACUUUGUGAAUCUUCAUUGCUGAAAAGUGAAAAACAACAAAGACAGAUUUGCUGGAGAGAUGAUUGCUCUAUUGAUCUGUAGCACAUAUAUACAAUAAUACAGCUUGAUUCUAGGAUACAAAACAAGACAGUUAUUCUAGCCCUAUUAAUGUCUAAUAAUAUAGAAUUAAUGUGA